UGCUUACAUAAUACGACCAAAGAUUGCACUCCUGCUCUAGUACAGAGCAAAGGUUUCUGCUCUACAUUUGCUGUUCGCUUUUCUGUUAGCUUUCAGUUCUGGAUAAAAAACAAAUACAAUUAGCCAUGAUAGCCCAGCGCACACGCUUCCACGUUUUCUGCUCUGCCAUCAGCAGCACAUCACAUUUUACCAUUUUUCAUGGAAAGCAUCAUCCAGCAGUUGUGAUCAAUAAACAAAAACAUACCUACAGAAAGUGGCAUGGGCUUCCAGAAAUUGCCCCGCUGCUGCAGAGUGUGGAGGAGACUCCUGAACCUAUCCCUACCACUGUCAAAGGCAUAAUCCCUACAUGGAUUCGUGGAAAUCUUCUCCGCAAUGGCCCUGGAAAGUUUGAGUUUGGAAAUCAGCACUUUAAUCACUGGUUUGAUGGAAUGGCCUUGAUGCACAGCUUUCAGGUCGCUGAUGGUCAGGUGACCUACAGGAGCCGCUUUCUACGCAGUGACUCGUACAAGAAGAACAGUGAGAUGAAUCGUAUUGUGGUAUCUGAGUUUGGCACUCUUGCACUCCCUGACCCAUGCAAGAAUAUUUUCCAGCGCUUCAUGUCCUUCUUUGAGAUGACAAAGCCCACAGACAAUGCUAAUGUGAACUUCGUCAAAUACAAAGGCGACUACUAUGUCAGCACAGAGACCAAUUUUAUUCACAAAAUUGAUCCAGACACUCUUGAAACAAAAGAGAAGGUGGACUGGAGUAAGUUCAUUGCCGUUAAUGGUGCAACUGCCCACCCCCAUGUUGACCCAGAUGGUACAGUCUACAACAUGGGCAACUCCUAUGGCAGAAAAGGUGUUUUCUACAACAUUAUCAAAGUGCCUCCGGGAAAUGAAGCCGGUGAUGAUACGCUGCAGGGUGCAAAGGUGCUGUGUUCCAUUUCACCUGCUGAAAAAAACAAGCCUUCCUAUUACCACAGCUUUGCCAUGUCUGAGAACUAUGUGGUUUUCAUCGAACAGCCCAUAAAGAUUGAUAUAAUGAAGAUAGUAACAGCUAGAAUGAAGGGGAAAGGCAUAAGCGACUGUAUCUACUGGGACCCAAAACAAGAGACUAUCUUCCAUGUUGUAAACAAACAUACUGGAAAGUUGAGUCCAUUGAAGUACCACACCAAGGCUUUAUCCAACUUCCACCAGAUCAAUGCAUUUGAGGAGAAUGGCUUCCUCAUAUUGGAUAUGUGUUGCUCAGAUGAUGGACAGGCCCUUCAAGUCUAUUCUCUUCAGAAUUUACGCAAGUCAGGAGAAGCACUGGAUGAGGUAUACAACAGCAUAGACAGAUAUUUUCCUCGCCGCUUUGUUCUGCCUCUGUGCAUUACCAGUGAUAUCCCACUGAACCAGAACCUCAACACACGGCAUAACAGCUCUGCUUCUGCAGUCUGCCUCAGCAAAGACAAGGUGUUCUGCAUGUCUGAGGAUCUCCAUGACCAUGAACUUCUUGAUUAUGGUGGCUUUGAGUUUCCACACAUUCACUAUGACCGAUGCAACACCAAACCAUACCGCUUCAUCUAUGGCUGUGGCUUUGGUCACCUGGUGGCAGAUUCAUUGAUCAAAAUAGACCUGGAAAGUAAGAAAAUUAAGGCAUGGCGUCAGCCAGGUGUCUAUCCAUCUGAGCCUGUGUUUGUCCCGUCACCUAAUUCAGAGGAAGAAGAUGAUGGAGUCAUCCUCUCUGUUGUGCUCACACCCAAUGAGGAUAAAGGCACGUUCCUGCUGGUUCUUGAUGCUAAGACAUUUGAGGAAGUCGGAAGAGCUAAAGUGCCUGUUAACAUUCCAUCAGGCUUCCACGGAACCUUUAAAUCUUUGGUAUAGGACAGAUUUCAUUUAGUGACAUUAAAGGCCAACAACUAGUGUCAUAUUUAUACAUUACUUUACUUACAAGUUCAGCUUCUGUCAUUGUUUUACAAUUUGUUCCCCAGAAAUUAAAACUUGGCCUGCGCUUUUCAUUUUUCAUUUGCUUUCAAAUAGGUUUCAUCACUUUUAGUUAGGUAUUUAUGUGUUUCAUUGUUUUGAAAUGAAUUGUUUUUUUUAAUGCUGUAAUUUGUAAUGGGUGGCACGGUGGCUUAAUGGUUAACACGUUCGCCUCACACCUCCAGGGUCGGGGUUCGAUUCCCGCCUCCACCUUGUGUGUGUGGAGUUUGCAUGUUCUCCGCGUGCCUCGGGGGUUUCCUCCGGGUACUCCGGUUUCCUCCCCCGGUCCAAAGACAUGCAUGGUAGGUUGAUUGGCAUCUCUGGAAAAUUGUCCCUAGUGAGUGAAUGUGUGUGUGUGUGUGUGUGUGUGUGUGUGCCCUGCGAUGGGUUGGCACUCCGUCCAGGGUGUAUCCUGCCUUGAUGCCCGAUGACGCCUGAGAUAGGCACAGGCUCCCUGUGACCCGAGGUAGUUCGGAUAAGCGGUAGAAGAUGAAUGAAUGAAUGAAUGAAUGAAUAAUUUGUAAUGCAACAUGAGUUAGAUACAUUAAAAAAAAAAUUUCAAUUAGUAUUACAACCAUAGUGAAACAAUGGCUUUGGAAGGCAUUAAAGGCACAGUUAAAGAUAUCAAUACCUAUGUUGUAUCCAGUAUUUUAACGGUUGUACAUAAUGAUGUACCAGCUCAGUCAAUUAAAAAUUCUAUUGUAUUUAAUCUGAAA